GACGAAGAAGACGAAGAAGACGAAGAAGACGUCUCACCCGCGAAACACUCUUGGGAUAAAAAUAACACGAAGGUCUCACAAAUCCAAUAUCUGACAGUCAGGAGUUUUAAACCUGUCUCAUUUGGACUGCGAGAGAUGCCACCAAAGAAAAGGACCAGAGUGAAUGAAAGACUAGCAAAACCAGGAAAAGAUGAAGACAGUGCAAAAGAAGCCGUUGGAGCUAAAAAGAAAGCUACGGGAGUAACAAAAGAGAGCUCAAGCACACCCAGCACUCCCGAGUACUGUCACUGGCUGAUGAAGUCUGAGCCUGAGAGCCGCUUUGAGAACGGCAUCGACAUGAAGUUCGGGGUUGAGGAUCUGAAGGCUCUGCCUGAUCAGACCAGCUGCUGGGACGGCGUGCGCAAUUAUCAGGCACGUAAUUUUAUGAGGCAGAUGAAAGAAGGGGACUUGGCUUUCUUUUACCACAGCAACUGCAAGGAACCGGGGAUCGCUGGAGUCAUGAAGAUUGUGAAGGAGGCUUAUGUUGACCAUACUCAGUUUGAUAAGAAAGACGUGCAUUUUGAUGCAUCCAGUAAAGCGGACAACCCUAAGUGGAGCAUGGUAGAUGUGCAGUAUCAGAGGAUGAUGAAGCGCUUUCUUCCUCUGUCCGAGCUGAAAAAGUAUCACCUGCAGCAUCGGACCAAAGGAGGGCCUCUGAAGGACAUGGCCCUUUUUACGAGGGCCAGGCUCUCUGUGCAGCCCCUGACAUCUGAGGAGUUUGACUUUCUCCUGAGUUUGGAGGAUGAAGAACCUUUGUGAGGACGAGAGAACACCAAACACUGUCCUAGCUACAUAGUUUUAUAUUUUUGUAUCUUGUUUAUAAUACAUCAAAUUAAAAGUGGUUCAAUUAUGGCUCAUAUCUCAUUGUUUAUCUGAACUUCUAAAUCAGUGUUUCCCAAACUUUUUUAAUUGGACCCCCCAUCCUAAGAAAAGCUGAGCCCUCCAAUGACCCACACCGAGAAAAGUUUUUUCACUCUUAAAAUUGUCAUCCUCAGAUCAGAAUGACUUAAGAGGCCUGUCAUAAAUUAAUUUUUUUUAAUCUUCUUUUGUACUGAAGCUGAAUUCUAAUUGGGUCAGUUUUUUUAAACCGCUUUGCUAAAGAUAUUCUAUUUGACCUCUGUUGUAACCUGGUCACCUCUGCUACCCACAGCGAUUUAGCAUAAGAUAGCAAUGCAACUGAAUUAUGUUUGAAUCAUUGAUGAAUCAAGAAUUUGGCAUAUUGAAAGAAAUAAAAAACAUCUUGUGAAUAAAAAAA